AUGGGGACUGAGAGAUCGAAGCCGCUGCACAAUUUCACGCUGCCCUGCGAUCUCCGGUGGGGGAAUCAGCGGUUCCUCCGCUGCAUGAAGGUCAACUCCGGCGGACAAAUCUCGCCCAACCGCCGUCGCGCCGACGGAAACAGCUCCGGCUCCUCCGAUCACCACAACCACCACCUUCCGAUCCAGCAGCGCCGCGCGGCCGGGGAUCGAGGGAGGGAGAGGGACGGAGAUUCUUCUUCCCGGUGGUUCGCGGGCGGAUCUUCUCGGAGAUUCGGAUACGACGACGGCGGCGGGAUCGCCGCCACGAGGGAGAAAGUGAUGCUCGAUCUGCAGACGGCGGCGGAUAAGAUGAGAAGCGCUUUUUUCAAGGACGGCGGCGGCCUCGAGGAGGGAGAGGUCUCCGUCUCCGUCCCCCGGCCGCUCCCGCCUCCGCCGCCCGCCGCGUCGGCGGACGGAGAGGUUCACCGGCCGUGGAACCUGAGGACCAGGCGCGCCGCUGGAAGGACGCCGACGAACGGGCCUAAGAAGAGACCGAGGACCGUUCAGAAGCAGUUGGAUACCUUAUUCCCAGGAUUGUGGCUGACAGAGGUUACAGCAGACAUGUAUAAAGUCCCUGAAGCUGCUCCAUAA